GUAUCGGUCUGUUUAAUGAGAGUUUAAGGGAAAUUAGUGGAUAUUUUAAAACUAUAGAUACUGUUUUUAGAGAAUUUAUACAAAUGACCAACUUUAGGGGAAGAAUAAAUUUUUUUGGUUAAAGUAAAGGCAAAUUCAAUUGGGCAUGCAUAUAUAGACACUGACUGCAUUAUGAAGUGGUCCCCACGAACCUAAUCUACAGCAAGUUUUCCUUUAUUUCCUUCAAGAGAGCAAGCAAAGAGGUAUUGUAUUGCAUUUGAGUGAAAGUGUAGAACAAGAGAAGGCCAGAAAUGGCAACUCCAGUGAAAGUGUACGGACCAGCCUUUUCUCCCACGGUCUCCAGAGUGUUGACAUGUCUGAACGAGAAAGACAUUCAAUUCCAACUGGUUCCUGUCAACAUGUCCAAAGGAGAACACCGAAGCCCUAAUUUCCUCAAAAUCCAUCCUUUUGCCCAAGUACCUGCAUUUCAGGAUGACGACAUUACCCUCUUCGAAUCUAGAGCGAUAUGCCGGUAUGUUUGUGAGAAACACAUAGAGAAAGGAAACAGGGAACUGUACGGUACAAACCCACUGGCAAAAGCAUCUAUAGAUCAAUGGUUGGAAGCUGAAGGACAAAGCUUCAACCCACCCUCAUCAACUCUGGUGUUUCAGCUUGCCUUCGCUCCUAGAAUGAACGUGAAGCAAGACGAAGGAGUAAUCAAUCAGAGUAAAGAAAAGCUCAAGAGAGUGCUCGAUGUGUACGAUAGGAAGCUUGGGGAAACUCGAUACUUGGCUGGUGAUGAAUUCACACUCGCAGAUCUUUCUCAUCUUCCUAAUAUUCAUUACUUGGUGGGUACUGACGAUGAUACGGCUUCUCUGUUUACUUCGGAGAGAGAGAAUGUGACGAGGUGGUGGACGGAGAUAUCCACGCGUGAGUCGUGGAAAAAGGUUGUGGAUUUGUACCCAAAACCUUGAUACAUUCGCGUAUGUCACAUGCGCUAACAGACUUCAGAUCAGCAGAUUACUAUAAUAUGCUUUCUUUACUUUAUAUUUUCCAUUUCCAGUGUGAUUGCUGACACACCUCCUUUAAUUGUAUGAUGAAAAUGUACUAUUCUAGUGAUAUCUAGGAUGCUAAAUUAUCAAACUUCCAAUGUCUUAAAGCAUGCCACUCCGAGUGAACAAUCUAGGAAGCCAGCCAAUAAAUUGCUAAGUGCUUAUGUAAUUCUGCCAUAAUAAAAAGGACUUUACCAGCGUCGCCUACUAUAA